AUGAGGGCCUUGGCCGGAGGAUUCUACAUCGCUACAAUUGGACACAACGGGGGACGCCAAGCCAACGGAAUCUCCAUUUUCCAUCGUGGAACAAAACGCUUUUGUGAAGCGGCGCCAUUGCUGGAAAUUUGGAUAAUUCUGGCUGGGUGCUCGGUGCAUGCAGUACGGUUAUCGGUGGCCAACUCGUUAGUCAACGGCAUACGUAAAGAUGUUUGGGAGUUCGUUGAAACCUUUCAGGAAGAUGCAACGCAUGCGCAAAUUUCUGUUCGAUUAUCAGCUAUCGAUGAUUUGUGGGAAAGGUUUUGUGAGGUACUGAUUGACAUCAAAUCGCAUGAGGAUUUCGCAGCAGAUGAAGAUCUUUAUGUAAGGGAACGGAAGGAAUUAAGUGAUCGAUAUUAUUAUGCGAAAUCUUUCCUUAUGGACAAGGCGAAGUGUCGAACGGAGUUGAAUACGCUAAAUCAGUCCGUUCAUAUCGGUGAACCUAGUCACGGUAGUUUCGAUCAUGUUAGGCUUCCACAAAUAAAGUUGCAGUCCUUCAACGGAAACAUAGACGAAUGGCUAGGGUUUCGUGAUUUGUAUCUCUCACUCAUUCAUUGUAAGCUAGAUUUGCCGGAGGUGGAAAAAUUCCAUUAUUUAAAGGGAUGUCUUCAAGGUGAACCGAAAGCAUUGAUUGAUCCCCUUCAGAUUACAAGAGCUAACUACACAGUUGCAUGGGAUAUGCUUCUGAAGCGGUACAACAACAGCAAGCAGUUAAAAAAGAGACAGGUACAAUCGCUUUUCAAGUUAUCCUCGGUGAACAAGGAGUCUGUUGCUGAACUACUACAGUUGUUGGAAGGAUUUGAGAGAAUUGUCAACACAUUAGAUCAGGUUUUAGAUGCAAAUGAUUAUAAGGAUCUUCUUUUGGUGAAUUAUCUCGUGUCUCUCCUAGACCCCGUGACUCGUAGAAGUUGGGAAGAAGAGUCAGCCUCCAAAGAAGAAGACACUUUAGCCGAUUUGACUGAUUUUCUGCACAGGCGGGUCCGAGUUUUGGAAGCUCUUCCACCAAGAUUGAAUGAUAGUAAGAGUGCUCCUUCACAAAUAACGUCUCAUAUGGCUCGAGAAUGUCCGUCUAAGUUUUCAUGUCGGAAUUGUGGAGGGCGCCAUCAUACACUGGUGUGUUUUAAAGGCAAGGACGGAGAAAUCUCGGAAUCUUCAAGGUCAGGUGCAACCAAUAGCGGUGAUCAGCUGCGAGGUGAAACAUCUUGUCGGGCUUCUAACACAGCUUCAACAUGCUUGACCACGGGCGUCGAGCGCAGGGCUAAUUGUAGGGUUCUCUUAGCGACUGCUGUGGUUCUUUUAGAAGAUGAAAUGGGAAACAGAUUCCCAGCUCGAGCGUUGCUUGAUUCAGGUUCAGAAAGCAAUUUUAUUUCGGAAAGAUUGAGUCAGCGUUUGGUGAUGAGUCGGAAAAGGGUAGAUGUAGCGAUACUUGGUAUUGGUCGGACAUCUACCAGGGUUAAACACAAGGUUCAAGCAGUGGUGCGAUCGAGGGUGAACAAUUACUCUAAGGAAAUGGAAUUCCUGGUUCUGCCCAAGGUAACUGUCGAUUUGCCCACUGCUACGGUAUCAACGGAUGAAUGGUCAUUCCCAGAUGGAAUUGAGUUAGCGGAUCCAUCAUUUUUUGAGUCAAAGGUGGUGGAUUUGGUGUUGGGAAUUGAGUCGUUCUUUGAUUUCUUCGAAACGGGAAAACGGAUUUCCAUCGGAGAUCAAUUACCAACACUUACAGAGUCAGUUUUCGGUUGGAUAGUUUCUGGAGGUUUAUCGCAAGAGGUAUCAGCACGGAUUGCUUGCAAUGUUUCAACAACAGAGUCUCUUGAAACCCUUGUCGCUCGGUUUUGGGCUUGUGAGGAGCUAGGUUCGGAAAAUCUAUACUCACGAGAGGAGAGGCUUUGCGAGGAAAUUUUCCAGAAAACGGUACAGAGAGACAGCAAUGGAAGGUACACAGUCUCGCUUCCUAAGAACGAGGAGGUUUUUCCUAAUUUAGGUGACUCAAGGGAAAUAGCGUUACGGCGCUUGGGCGCAACUGAGCGCAGGUUAGCAAGGAAUAUGGAUUUGCGGGAGCUGUAUACUAAGUUCAUGGACGAAUAUAUACAGCUAGGUCACAUGGAAGAAGUUGUGGAAAUUUCUGGUACAAAACGGUGUUUUUUACCUCAUCAUCCAGUUGAGAAGGAGAGUAGUACGACUACCAAAUUGCGAGUGGUGUUUGAUGCUUCAUGUAAAACUACUACUGGAGUUUCUCUGAACGAUGGACUGCUAACAGGGCCAGUAAUCCAGGACGAUCUUCGGGCAAUAAUACUUCGCUGUCGAAUGUGUCAGAUCAUGGUCGUGGCAGAUGUUGAAAAAAUGUUCCGCCAAAUCAACAUCACCAGGGAAGAUCGUCCACUACAGUCAAUUUUAUGGAGAAAAUCACCAUCAGAGCCAGUCAAAACGUUCGAGCUUAAGACUGUAACGUACGGCACCAAACCAGCUCCGUUUUUAGCCACGCGCACCUUGAAGCAGUUAGCAUUGGAUGAAGCAGAGAGUUUCCCUCUAGCAUCAAGAGUAUUUUUGGAAGAUACAUACAUGGACGAUGUUGUAUCAGGGGCAGACGAUGCAACCGCAGCUCUCGAACUGAGAAUUCAGUUAGAUAAAGCUGCAAAGGCAGGAGGAUUUCGGCUACGAAAAUUCGCAUCAAAUUGUGCAGAAGUCUUACAAGGGCUUGCACAAGACAGUGUAGCUAUUGAAGAGUCUUCAGACGGAUCAGAGAUAGAUCCUUCGAUGAAGAUACUUGGGCUCACAUGGUUACCGAAGUCUGAUGUCUUCAAGUACAACUUCAACAUUCCUGAAAUUCCAAAAUCAACGGUUUUGACGAAACGCAAGGUGCUGUCGGUAAUUGCUACACUCUUCGACCCGCUGGGACUCCUUGGCGCUGCAAUAACAACUGCGAAGAUAUUUAUGCAGCAGCUGUGGACGUUACGGAAUAACGACGACCAAAGAUUAGAUUGGGAUCAGCCAUUACCUCCAACGGUGGGUGAGGAUUGGCUGAAAUACUACGAUCAACUAGUUUCACUCAACAGCAUUCGUAUAGAGCGGUGCACCAUUAUUCCAGGAGCAAUUCACAAAGAAAUUCAUUGUUUUUCGGACGCUUCGGAGAAGGCGUAUGGUGGUUGUAUUUAUUUGAAAAGUGUCAACUUAAGUGGAGUGGUUAAGAUUUGUUUGUUGGCUGCUAAAUCCAGGGUGUCUCCGUUAGCAAGCCAGUCAAUUCCACGGUUAGAAUUGUGUGGGGCUUUGCUUACUUCCGAACUUUUCAAAUUCGUUCAAAAAUCCAUGAAGUUAGAAUGCCAAGUUUACUUCUGGACAGAUUCCACUUGCGUUUGGCGAUGGUUACAGGCUGUUCCAUCUACUUGGACCACCUACGUGGCAAACAGAGUUGCGAAAAUACAACAACUCACGGAGGGUUGUGAAUGGAGACAUGUUCCCGGCGUUGACAAUCCAUCAGAUCUGAUUUCUCGGGGAAUUCCACCUGAAGAAAUCGCCCAGAAUCGCUUGUGGUGGGAAGGUCCAGAGUGGUUGGCGCUAGAGAAGGAAAACUGGCCAGAACUACCAGAUAACCAUUUAAAGGAGAUUGGCGAAGAAGAAAGGCGUCGAGCAACAGUAACAGCAUUGGUAACAAACAUUUCGGAGCAUGAGCCAGAUUUUAAUCCCACACAAAUCAUCAUUGUUGGUGAUCGAGAAUCGGAUCCGCUGAUGACGACGGCUAUUGUUUUCGCAGCAGCAGAGAAGGCUCAGCAACCCAGUGGCUUGAGCGGGAG